AUGUACGCAUUUAUAGAGGCCCCAGAGAAGCUUUUCGCCUUUCGUGAAGAACACUUCAUCCCAGAAGACUCGACACAGCAGUUUUUGAACGAGGGAAAGGUUACAUCCGCCGCUGCCCGCCAGUGUCUCAGAGGCAUAGGCCCUGCAUUGGUGGACGAUCGCCAGAAUAUCUUGGAGGCGGCAGAGAGAUCCAUUUGA